AUGUCCCGUCGCAAGCAGGGAAACCCGCAGCACUUGUCACAAAGAGAGAUUAUCACACCAGAGGCUGACCAUGUGGAACCGGCAAUCGCCGACGAGGAUGAGAGCCUGGCAAUAGCAGAGCCGGGUGGCAUCAGCAUCGCCGCAGGCGGGACAGACCCCGACUUGUUAACCUGUGGACAGUGUCAGAUGAACUUCCCGCUGGGAGACAUCUUGGUUUUUAUAGAGCACAAGAGAAAACAGUGCAAUGGCACUGGUGGUGCCUGCUAUGAAAAGAGCAUGGAUAAGAGCAGCCCUCCCCCCUCCUCACGUGCCGAGCUCAGGAAAGUGUCAGAGCCAGUGGAAAUCGGGAUCCAAGUCACACCCGAUGAAGAAGACCGUCUUCUCACGCCUACAAAAGGAAUUUGCCCCAAGCAGGAGAACAUUGCAGGGCCGUCCAGGCCUGCAAACCUGCCGGGGGCUCCCAUAGCUGCCUCCUCCCACCCUCACACAUCAGUGAUCACGUCACCUCUCCGCGCACUGGCCUCUCUCCCGCCCUGCCUUAGCCUGCCCUGCUGUGGUGCACGUGCAGUCUCAGUUGGCGGGACUCAGACUGAGAUUCAGACUGAGACGUCAGGCACAUUUGGAUGUCAUUGUCAGUUGUCAGGUAAAGAUGAGCCUUCAAGCUAUAUUUGCACAACAUGCAAGCAGCCUUUUAAUAGCGCUUGGUUCUUGCUUCAGCAUGCCCAGAACACACAUGGAUUCCGCAUCUACCUGGAAACAAGCCCUUCAAACAGUUCCCUUACUCCACGCAUCACCAUCCCUCCUCCUCUGGGACCAGAGACUGUUGCACAGUCCCCGCUGAUGAAUUUUCUUGGAGACAACAACCCUUUCAAUCUCUUACGGAUGACAGGACCCAUCUUGCGUGAACAUCCUGGCUUUGGUGAGGGUCGGCUCCCAAACACACCUCCACUUUUCAGUCCACCACCUCGUCAUCAUCUGGAUCCACAUCGCCUUAGUGCCGAAGAAAUGGGGUUAGUUGCCCAGCAUCCCAGUGCCUUUGACAGAGUUAUGCGUUUAAACCCCAUGGCAAUUGAGUCUCCAGCGAUGGAUUUCUCCAGAAGGCUUCGAGAACUGGCAGGAAACAGUUCCACCCCUCCUCCAGUCUCGCCCAGUCGCACCAACCCUAUGCAUCGCCUGUUGAAUCCUUUCCAGCCAAGUCCUAAAUCACCUUUUUUGAGCACCCCGCCACUGCCACCAAUGCCCCCCAGCAGCACUACGCCUCCCCAGCCUCAGGCCAAGAGUAAGUCCUGUGAAUUCUGUGGGAAAACAUUCAAGUUCCAGAGUAAUCUUAUCGUGCACCGACGCAGUCACACAGGAGAAAAGCCCUAUAAAUGCCAACUCUGUGACCAUGCUUGCUCCCAGGCCAGCAAGCUAAAGCGUCAUAUGAAAACACAUAUGCAUAAAGCUGGCUCCAUGACAGGCAGGUCAGAUGAUGGACUCUCCACCACUAGUUCCCCUGAGCCAGGCACAAGCGAGCUCACUGGAGAGGGACUAAAAUCCAGUGAGACAGAUUUCAGGAAUGAGAGUGAUCCUUCCUUGGGCCAUGACAAUGAAGAAGAAGAAGAGGAGGAGGAGGAAGAGGAGGAGCUUGAAAAUGAGAGCAGGCCAGAGUCAAGUUUCAGUAUGGACUCAGAGCUAAGUCGCAACCGAGAAAAUGGUUCCAAAUCAUUACCAGACGAAAAAUCCCUUGUCCUGGGAAAAGUUAUAGAGAAUGUAAGUCUAGGUGCCAUCCAGCAAUAUAAUGACAUGCUAGCUGAAAAACAGAAAAGGAGUAGUUUCAUGAAAAGGUCUUCUGACCAGCGAGACUUGUGUCCUCGAGAUCUCUGUCAGAGAGAUACAGGUGAUGAAGACUCAGUGGUAGGAGAGCUGGACCGCACUGAAGAAGGGACAGUCAAUGGAAGAAACUUUGGGCCAGGUGAACCCUUCCCAAACUUGUUCCCUCGCAAGCCGACACCUAUCACAAGCCCCAGUUUAAACAAUUCUUCUAAAAGAAUAAAGGUAGAGAAAGAUUUGGACUUGCCACCAGCAACAAUAAUACCUUCCGAAAAUGUUUACUCCCAGUGGCUGGUAGGGUAUGCAGCAUCAAGGCACUUCAUGAAGGAUCCAUUUCUAGGAUUCACAGACUCCCGACAAUCCCCCUUCGCAACUUCUUCCGAGCACUCUUCGGAGAACGGGAGCCUGCGUUUCUCCACCCCACCGGGGGACAUGCUAGACGGGGGGCUCUCAGGGCGCAGCGGCACGGCGAGCGGAGGCAGCACUCCCCACAUCAGUGGUCCCGGUCCCGGACGACCCAGUUCGAAGGAAGGGCGGAGGAGUGAUACAUGUGAGUACUGUGGCAAGGUCUUUAAGAACUGCAGCAAUUUAACAGUGCACCGUCGGAGCCACACUGGAGAGCGGCCUUACAAAUGCGAGCUCUGCAACUAUGCAUGUGCCCAGAGCAGUAAGCUGACGCGUCAUAUGAAAACGCAUGGCCAGAUAGGGAAGGAGGUCUACCGCUGCGACAUUUGCCAGAUGCCCUUCAGUGUUUACAGCACCCUGGAGAAACACAUGAAAAAGUGGCAUGGAGAACAUUUGCUGACAAAUGACGUCAAAAUUGAGCAGGCAGAAAGAAGCUAAGGCCCCC